GUGGAGGAGGGGUGAUGACAUGGCUGAGAGUGACAACUGUGGGGCACAGCAAAAUAUACAAGGAGAUUCAAAACUUACUGUAUUUGAAAUACAUUUUGUUGAAUGAAGUUAAAAUAUUUUGUGUCAAUGUGGAGGAUACAUAGCUUAGUUAUUGUUACAUUCUUUAUAAUGUUUCAGAGAUAGUAUAAAGUCUUUUGCAAGUUUGUGGAUUUUAUUGCAUAUUCUCUGCUAACAUAAUCUUGUUUUGUCUUUAGCUGAUUUACCCAUUCUGCCCUAAUCCUUUCUGAUUAAAAGCAAGCGAUGAUUUAUCAGAUCAAUGUCUUCAUGUAGGCUACUAUAUGUACUUUUAUGUAUCCUCCCUUAUCUGUUCUUUCUGUUAUUUAAAUACUGCCCUAAUCUUUGCAUGGUUUUAAGAGAAACCUGAAACCUUGUCCUGACCAAAAUGCCAUGUUAAUUUGGGUGAAGUAGGACUCCUAUCCAGGUCUCUCCUCCGUCACCUGUCACAGCCAGCUACCAUGUGGCCCUCUAGUGCACUUAACCGUUACUGUGUUUCCAAGACCACCAGCUAAAUUAAGGGCAAGGCUGAAGCGAGGCUGAGUACGAAUCACAGCUACAACAAAUAGUGCAUACAUGUUCUUCUAAUGAAGGGCUGGUUGGAACAGCUGAUGCAUCUGCCAAAUGACUUAAAAGAGAUGGGCGUUGUACUGUCCAGAGUGAAUAACAGUUGUAGAGUGGCCUCCAGAGAGCCUGUCAACACAUCCCAAACAGUGAGCAGCAUCUGUGUCAGAGAGGUGAAUAGUAUAGACAGUGAUCAUUCCUCCAUCAUACCUAUUGGGAACAAAGUGUGUGAGCCAGAGGAGGCGCUAGUCCCUGCUCUUCCAGAAACAGCUUGUGUGGAGCGAGGCUACAUCACCCCACAGCAAGUGUACAACCUGCUGAACGCAGAGGAAGGCCAGCCCGCCUUGUAUGAUCCUUACUAUAUUCUCCUCCUGGACUGUCGCAGCGCAGAGAGGUACAAGGAGAGUCACGUGGUGACAGCACGGGCCGCUGUGACGGUGAUCCACCCUGAACUGGGCUGUCUGAUCAGCUGUAUAGAGCUGCAGAAGUAUUCUAUAAUACUGCUGUACGCAGAGGAAGGAUGCAGCCCAGUGGGCAGUGUGAGGGCCAGGGCAGACUCCCCAGACCUCCAGCGCUGUUUCUUCCAGCUCAGUGCUUUGGGAAUGGACCCUGUCAUCCUGCUGGGGGGAUUCUCAGCCUUCCACGCCCUCUACCCUUUCCUCUGCACACAACGUAUGGUCCUGCUGGAACCUGAGCGGCACACUCUCACCAUCUACCCCUCAGAGAUCCUGGAAGGAGCUCUCUACCAAGGGUCUGCCUCCCAUGCCUCUGACUACCGCAUCAUCAAGAACCUACACAUCACACAUGUGGUCAAUGCCACUGCGAACUGCCCUGAUGCUUUCCCCAACAUGUUGUGCUACCUGAGGCUGCGUCUGAGCGAUGAUGCCCAGCAGGACCUGGUGGAGGCACUGCCGCUGGCAUCCAGGUUUAUCAACAUGGCGCUGAAGGCUGAGCCUGCCGGCCGCGUUUUGGUCCACUGUAGUCUGGGCAGGAGUCGCAGCUCAGCACUAACGCUGGCCUUCCUCAUGGAGCAUCGACGCUGGUCACUGCUUCAUGCCCUGCGCUGGUUGAAAGAGAGGAGGGCAUGCACAGCACCCAACGUGAACUUCCUGCGUCAGCUGCUGACCUAUGAGGAGCAGCUAUUUGGGAGCAGACUCACCUCCCUGGACGACAUCCGCCGAUGACUGGAAUAAAAAUGGGAAUGGAAAGGAAGAUACAUUGUAUGUUUUUUUUCCUACAACAUUCACAUUGAGAGAAAGUGUCAAAUAAGCUGAGACUGAGCAGAGGAGGAUUUUGUACUAUAACUCUCAAAGACUGGAUAUGAGUAUUUCCCCCACAAGUUUGACAUUCAUCUUCAGCCCGCACACAGUGUUUCUUGUGAUAUGCCUCAAUAACAAUGAUAAUCAUACAGAUGUUAAGAUCAUUUUGUCACCUCUGCCUGCAACAUAUUCCCUGUGAUGACAUUUUGCUUGGUGAUAGUUAAUAGAACAUAUACAUUAAUAAAGUGUAUUUAUAAAG